GCCCCGUGUGAUAUUCAACUAGCCUGUCGCGCCGUUUGGUGGGCACGUUACUUCUACGAACUUCCGCCAAUUCCUAACUAGGUGGGGGACAUGCUGCUAUCAUCAACAAGUUUCGAACGAAAAUGCAAAUCCCAACCUCCAGUAGCCAAGCCAUUUAAUGCUCUCAACAAUCUCUCUCUAUCUCUCCCUUUUAAUGCCCUCUCACUGCUUCUCAACGGACCAAUUCGAUUUUCUUCCAAAUCCUUCAUGGCGGACCUCGAAAUCGCAUCCGCAGCCAAGUUCCGGUACCGGAGACUGCGGCACAGCGACGAAUUGGAGUCGGCGUUUGCGAGAUCCAGACUAGGAGAACAGAGGAGGUUUGGAGGUUUCAGAAUGCGAAGGGCUUCGAUCGGGAGGAGGUUGAAGAAGCUCAGAAUCCCUAGCCUCCGAAAGCUUUUCAGGAAAUCGCGGCUGGUGAAUGCCAUGGGAGGCUCCAUUUCCAAGGUUCUGAAGCGAUUCAGAGAUGGCGAAGCGUAUUUGGGAGAUCUUUUCGCCGGAAAUUACUUGUUCCUUCAGAUCAAUCCAAGCUCCAUCAAAUGCCUUGCGAACCACCAUCAGUAUCCCCUUCAAAAUUUCCCCCCAACUUUCUCCCUCCCAGCUUUACCUAAUUACUAAUCUUUUUUUU